UUCAGGUGUCUAAUUAGGUUGUAUUGGCUUCACCUGGCACCAUUAUAAAAUGCUACACUAACACUUGGCUGCAUUUGGUCAGCUUUAUUUUAUCUGUGGCGAUGGGUGGAUGUUUGUUUCUUUGUGCAGUUUUAUUGCAGUUGUCAGGGCUCUUACAAGUUGUUUCAGCUGCAAGCACUCCUCUGAAGUGUGGCCUGUCCUCCAAACUGUGUAAGGAUGGCACAGAGUGUGUCCUCCACAACCAUGUGUGUGAUGGAGAGCCGGACUGCAAGGAUGGUUCAGAUGAAGAGGACUGUGCAUCAGAAUGCAGUAAAGACCAGUUCCAGUGUGCUCAUGGGAAAAAGUGUAUAGACAAGGACGAGGUGUGUGAUGGUAUACCUCAGUGUCAGGACCGUUCUGAUGAAACCCAGUGUACGACGCAAACUGAAGGCUGUUUUCACCACUGUGACAACAAGAGUCGCUGCUUACCUGCAAACUUCAUCUGUGACGGAGAAAGGGACUGUUUAGACGGCACAGACGAGGCAAACUGUGAGGACCAAGAGGAAGACACUCAUGAAAAAGAAGGGACCAGUACAACCUCUGUGCCUGCUGCCUCUGUUGGCUCACCCACCCCCGUCAAGUGUUCUAGAGGCUCUAGACCCUGUAAGAACAAUGCAGAGUGUGUGCUCUUCAACCAUGUGUGUGAUGGAGAAGCAGACUGCAGAGAUGGCUCAGAUGAGGAAGAAUGCCCAUCAACAUGUGAAACGGACCAGUUCCAGUGCGCGCAUGGAAAGAAAUGCAUAGAGCAGAGCCAGGUGUGUGACGGUGUGCCUCAGUGUCAGGACCGCUCAGAUGAACUGGCAUGUGCCAAGCAGAUGGAGGGCUGCUCUCACCAAUGUGAUGACGAGAGCCGCUGCAUUCCCAACAGCUUCCUCUGUGAUGGGGAGAGGGACUGUUUGGAUGGCAGUGAUGAGGCAAACUGUGCUGACGAGGUCUGCAGUGCUACUGAGUUCAAGUGCACCAAUGGCCAGUGUGUGUCAGCCUCGAUGCUUUGCGAUGGUCACCCAGACUGCAGGGACCGGUCAGAUGAGGAGAGCUGCACCAACGAACCAGUGUGCACCACCAAACACCGCUGCCCCCAGAGCAAAGAGUGUCUGGUGCAGGAGUGGAUCUGUGAUGGAGAUCAGGACUGUAAAGAUGGCACAGAUGAAAAGGAUUGUCCUGUGGCUCCACUGAGCUGUGGUGACUUCCAGUGGUCGUGUAAAUCCAAGACCCAGUGUAUCCCUACAGCCUGGAGAUGUGACGGCAUGAAGGACUGCGACGAUGGCAGUGACGAGAAUGAAUGUGGGGUGGUGACAUGCCCUUCUCACCAGUUCCAGUGUGGGAGCCAGGAGUGCCUGGACCCGGUCCUGGUGUGUAACGGCAUAACCAACUGCGCAGACGGCUCAGACGAGGGAGGCAGCUGCCACAUAAACUGUGCAGAGGCAGAUAACAGCCGCUGCUCCCAGAGCUGCUACAGUACGCCACAGGGAACGCGUUGUCACUGUGCAGCAGGAUUCAGGCUCUUGGAGGACGGGCUGACCUGUGUCGAUAUUGAUGAGUGUGAAGGCCAGAGCCCAGGUGUGUGCAGUCAGCUGUGCACCAACACUCCAGGCUCCUACCAAUGUGACUGUCACCCAGGCUAUGUAAUGGAGGCAGGUGGACACCACUGCAAGAUCACCGGCGAACCCUUCCUGUUGGCAUCAGUCCAAACAGAUCUCUACUUGUUUGGUCUGCGCAGUAGCAGCCUAGAUGUGUUGACCUCGUUUUCCAAGAAAGCCAUCCUCUCCCUGGACUACGACUGGAGGGAGCAGAGGGUCUUCUGGGUCAGUCUGGAAACUGAGAGCAUCAGGUGGUCCUCUCUGGACCAGAAGACCACAGGAACUGUGAUUCAAGGUGUCCGAGCUGAUUCUGUUGCUGUGGACUGGCUCGGGAGGAACCUGUACUGGAUUGACGGAGUGAACAGUCAGAUUGUUGCCAUCAGACUGACCACAGCCACUGUGGAGUCUUUGGAUCACAGCAUCAUUCUGGAUGAAGAUCUGGAUCAGCCCCGCUCUCUUGCACUGCUGCCACAAAAAGGGCUGAUGUUCUGGUCAGAGAUCGGUAACGUAGUGAAGAUCGAGCGUGCCGGGAUGGACGGGUCAGAGAGGAAGGCACUGGUGAACUCCAGUCUGGGCUGGCCAGGCGGUGUGGCUGUGGACACAAUCUCUGACAGAGUCUACUGGACAGAUGAAAGGCUGAGGGUGAUUGGAUCUGCAACACUGGAUGGAGAUGACAUUCGGAUUCUACAGAUGAAAGAGACCACCAACCCAUUCUCCCUGGCAGUGUUUAAUGACAUGCUCUACUGGUCCGAUUCCAAGACGCGAGUGCUGCUGACUGCUCAGAAAAUCUCUGGCAAAAACAGCCGAGUUCUCCUGAAAAGACCCAGACAACCUUUUGGUGUAAAGAUCAUCCACCCAUUGCUCCAGACAGGCAUUGCGAGCCCCUGUGAGAAGGUGAAAUGUUCCCACAUGUGUGUGUUAGCCCCGGGACCCAAGGCUGUGUGCAAGUGUCCCUUUGGUCUUUUACUGGCUGAUGAUGGCCUGACCUGCUCCAGCCUGGUCAGUUCAGCAUUUCUGCUGAUGCUGUCACCCUCCAUUGUCACCAAGAUCUACCUGCAGUCCCGACACACAGCAUCAGAGCUGAAGGGCUGGCCGGAACACCUGGCUCUGCAGGUGCCCAAUGUCAAUGCAGCAGCCAUCAUGGACUACAGCCUACGUGACCACACGCUGUUCCUGACAGAUGAAGGCACAACUUCACUCUGGUCCUUCAAGCUGAAGGACUUGGACUUGUCCUCUAAGGGUCAACUUCUAAAACUCCUGGGCAACACUGUCACUGCCAUGGCCCUGGACUGGGUAACACUUAACAUCUAUUGGAGCAGCACCAAACAGCCACGCCUGCAGGUCACCUCCAUCACUGGUGCACACACUGCUGUUCUCAUAAAGGACGGUAUUGGUAGAGUGGAGUCCAUCGCCCUACAUCCUCCAAGUGGAAGAAUUUGUUUCAUCAACCUGGGCCUGCAGGGUACAGAUACCGUGGCUACUGUAGAGUGUGCCAACAUGGAUGGUGGUGGGCGGAGUGUGGUGUGGAAGGAUGCUGUCCAGCCCACAUCUCUGGUCUUCUCCAGUAAUGGGGAAACAAUAUGCUGGGCUGACAAAAGUUUAGGUACCAUCAGCUUUGUCCAACUCGAUAGAUCUGGAUACAGAGAGCUGAAGAUUGGUGAUGGCCUAGCUGCAGUGGCUCUGAGUGAUGAUGCGGUGUACUGGAUGACAGUCAGUGACAAGACCAGGCUCUGGUACAGUGAUGGGCACCAGCAAGACAAAUUGUGGUUUGAGGUCGGCACAGAAGUGGUCAGCUUAAAGGCGUUCACCAGAUCCAGUCAGACCGGUUCAAACCAGUGCAAAGAAAACAAUGGAAACUGCGAGCACUUAUGCCUUGCCACCCCAGGAGGCCGGACAUGCAUGUGUGCCCAUGACCACAUCCUUGUGGAUUCCACCCACUGUAGCCCCGAGCAGCGCUGCCCUAGUGGCAGCAGGUCCUGUCUGGAUCAGCUCUCAUGCCAGCCUUCAGAGAAGUUCUGUAAUGGGCACGUUGACUGUGAUGAUCACUCAGACGAGAACUGUGUAAGUAUGAAGCAGUGGUCAGGAGCAAAAGUUGCUGCUCCCACCCAGCCCCAUAGCUCCUCUCCUCCAACCCAUCUAACUCCUUUCUCUGACAUCAAUGGCGUGAACACCACCCUGAAUGUAAGUGAUCAGCUCAGGAAGCUGGACGCCCAGCAGUGUAGCCAGUCGCGCUGCAACGACAACGGCCGCUGUGUGGAGACCGGCGGAGUCACUACGUGCGUGUGUUCGCUGCUCUACAGCGGGGAUUCCUGUCAAGACAUGCAGGGCCACUUUGUCUAUGGUGCUGCAGGGCUUUGUGCUGGAGUGGUGGUCAUUGCUGUGAUGGCAGUGGUGAUUAAGAGGAAGAAGACUGGCAACACUAGGAGAGCUAGCCAAACAGCAAUGAGGGAAACCAGUAUGACUGACCUGGAGAACAAUGGGACCACCCCAAACACACGCACUGCUCCAGCUGUUGCAGACAAACCAGAGGAAGUGGUAUCUUCUGUGGACUGAGGUUGAUUCAUGGGCAAGGAAAGUUUUAAAUAAUAAAAAAAACUAAAAAAAAAAAAACCCUGUUUGUUUUCCACU